AGCUCGCAUACAUCUCAGAGUAUUGGGGGUGGCCUAACAGUUACAUGCAUCGCGGCUGGAUUAACGUUUCUGACGACUUUAAUGGGUAACUGGUUUGGCUGGCAUCUUUCGGGAUACCUCAAGCGAAGGUGCCUGUCGCUAUUUAUCGUCCUGGACAUUUGUUGUGUUGGACUUCAAGUCCCAGAAAUUGUUGUCCUCGCAGUAGCGGGACUGCCCUGGAGCUGUGAAGGAUUGACGACGGUCACGAAUCCAGGAGAGCCAACGUCCGGUCACGACACAUCUGGCUUCGGUAGCAACGAUAAGACAGGCGCGUUGGACCAAUACUGCGGCAUACCCAAAUCGUCGUUUUGGCUCUCCAUUGUAUUAAUCCUAUUGUACUUCUACAGCAUUGGAUUAUCCAUUCGACAAAUGGUGGCCUUGGGUAAAAGGGCGAAAGUUGGAAAGGCUUGUGUCAAUGGGGAUGGCAUCGCCCAAGCACCCGCGGCACAGCCACAGGCUCACUUGCAUUGUAAUCGCCACGAACACGAGGCGCCGCGGGCUAUGCCGGGAGAGGGCGACCUGGAGGACUCCGUGGACAAACGUUCCAGUUUUAAAACGCAGUCGACCUCGUCAAUGGAUCCACCCCCAUACUCACCGGAUCGACGCGAAUCACUCGACAAGGAGACUGUGGACCACGUGAAAAAGGGCGUCUGGUGAAAAUAUCACACCAUGUGCAAAGGCUUGGCGAUUGAGUUUUCUAUGAAGGCAAUCGAAGCUUUGUGCUGGCUUACGUUUGUCUAGUAAUCUUGAUCUGCAACGCGCCGCCAUCUUGCUCAAAUUGGAAGGCUAUGACAGGACUGUACCGGGCAGGUAUUU